AAGAAUUAUCUGUUAGAGAAUGGAAGGAAUGGUUAAAAAAUGUUGAAGAGGAACUAAAGGCUUUACAACCUCCGCAAGAAAUAGUUGAUAUGGGAGCCGGAAGAGAAGCAUCUAUUGAGUUAGAGGAUCGGAGUGAUAUACAGGAUAUAGAUAUCGACAUGUUAGGCGAAGAAAUCACUCGACGUUAUUAUACUAAUGCUGUUCGUUUUGUUCACCAAAUACACACUGCUAUCCCGACGCUCUGUCAGCUUCUUGUUUCUACGACCAAAUCAGAGGUUUUGGAGGCUAUUGAUUUUUUUGUCACGGCCUACACAUAUAAGAUAGAAUUUGCCAGAGAAGGGCUAAAGAAAAUGUUAUACUUGAUUUGGACUAAAGAUAAUAAUGAUGAGGAAAAGAGAAUUCGGAAACGAUUGAUCGAAAGCUAUCGUAAACUGUAUUUUGAUUUUGAUAUUUCAAUAUCCGAUAAAAAGAAUCUUGACGUUCAAUGUGAUCCUAGCCGAGUUAACAUCUUUAGAACAGCUUCUGAGUACAAUAUAAAUGAGGAAGAUAUCAGUGAUGAAUUUAUCGCGAAGUUGUGGUCGGUUUAUUCCGUAUCCAAAAAGGAGAUUCCGAAAGCAUAA